AUGAGUUGCCAGUUCAGCGGUGACGGCACGCUCCUGGCUGUGGGGCUGACUAAUGGGGCUAUCAAGUUGCACAAAACCGGCACCGGGAGCCUGAUUCGGACCCUUAGGAACGUCUCCAACACACCGGUCACGGCCCUGAGGUUCACCAGCAGCCCCCAGGCCAACAGUCUCCUGCUAGCUGCCUAUGCCUGCGGUACCGUGCGGUGUUGGUACGUGUGUGGGGGGGAAUGUCUGUGGGCCCAGAGGGAGGUGACGGAGGAGCUAAACCCCGUCGGAGGGGGGAGGGAAGAGAACAGAGAGACGCUGUGCCUUUCUCUGUCGCCAUCCGGAGAGAGAGCGGCGACCGGGGGCUCCGACUCAGCCGUCCACCUGUACGACUUGGCCACGCGCCAGAGGCUGAUGACGUGCAAGGCCAGCUCCUGCAGGACAACGAUGGACGGCCAUCGCUCCCGUGUUUUUGCGGUGACCUUCCACCCUCUGCAGGAGAAAGAGUUCAUAUCUGCUGGCUGGGACAACACCAUCCAGUUUUGGGACAGCAGACAAGAACGGGCUGUUAGUAGAAUCUGGGGUCCUCUGGUAUGCGGGGAAGCUCUCCAAAUUGACCCCAACGUCAACCACAUCCUGUCUGGAUCCUGGAGGUCAGAGAAGACGCUGGAGGUCUGGGAUUAUUCCUCUGGUAAGAAGGUAUAUGAGGUUCCUCAGGACCCACUGGGAGACAGCAAGAUCUACACCUGCCAUUGGCUGGGAGACGGCCACAUCAUGGCCGCUGGCAGCCAAGUCAACCAGCUGAAAGUCAUCCGUCGCAGCAGCAUGGAGACCGUAUCCAGACUGCAGGGUUUACCCUCCCCCGUCUUCAGCUCUUCCGUCUGUCUGUCCGGGAAGUGGUCUGGUCUUAUUGCUGCAACAUCUGGAGCCUGCGUCUAUCUGCUGGAGAGAAGCGUGGCCGACAGGAAGUAG